CCAUAACUCUGACUUUGUCUCUGAACGCAAAACUUUAGUCGUGAGGUGGUAACUGAACAGAACGGGUAACGAAUAUCGCAAAGAAAAUUUAAUGUUUGCGAAAAUAUUUAUAAUAUAAAGUGAAUUUUCGUUUUACCUUUUUAUUCACUUCUCUCGAAGACUUCCUCCGAAUAUUUUUAAAUGAAUGCUAACGAGCUACUGAAAAUCAACUAAAGUCUGAUGUUAAUAAAGCACCUUUAGGAGCACGAAUAGUUUUAAGUAAUUUUUUCAAACGUAACGAAAGGAAUAUUUAUAAAAAAGAAAAAAAAAUACGAUAAAAAAUACGAUAAAAACUUCAAUAGAAGCAUUAAAAAGGAAAAUAGUUUGUUUCUUUCGUUUUGGUCUUACUUCUCCGUUAAACGUAUCGGACGCUUUAAAAUGAACAAAUUUGCUGCAAUUUCGCUGAUUGUGCUAGUCGUAGUGAGUUCCAAGCAUUUCAACCAAGUCUUAGCCCAAUCGAAUUAUGUGCAACACGGUGAUAGUGGAAAUUACACAACAAACGGUUUGCCCGAAGAGGCGACACUCGAUGGAAAGGUUACUAAAUUGGAUGAUAUAAGUCCUUUAAUAUUUUUGAAUCGCACCAAAGCUGCUCUCAACUGUGCUGCCGGUUCAAUGCAAGUCGACAUGAAAUUUAAUGAACCAUUCCAUGGUAUUGUACAAGCAGAUUAUGAUCGCAGUAGCGCUUGUCGUGUAAACGGCAAAGGUGCACUCAGUUAUCGGUUGGAAUUACCAUUAAAGGGGUGUGGUACUAUACAGAAUCCGACUAGGGUGUUCACUAAUAAUAUAAUCGUGCGUUUUCAUGCGAAUUUGGAAAUGGAUGGUGACGAAAUCAUUACCAUAGUAUGCCGUUAUCCACCGCCAAUACCAUCAUUGCCGCCUGCCUUGCCAGCACCCAUCUUAAAUCCUAUAGCGGCAGGUACCAUCGUUCAACCGCCUUUGAAAGGCAUACAAAUUCUAAUGAUUAUUUGUGCUAUCAUGUUUUUGACUUUGUUAUUACUUGGCUUGGCCGUUUCCUAUUAUUGUUUGCGUAGUCGUCCUAUCCCAGUUGUACGUCGCCUUCCCAUGUCAAUGGGUAGCGGUUCGGAAAUCACUAAGCUCAGUGGCAGCAGCAUGGGUAUACCUCCCGAGUUUGAAGGUGUAAAAAUACCUCGAGCGCAUGCUGCUUUGGCAGCCGUUCACAGCUCAUCGGGCAGUGAGGGUGCUCUUAUACCCUCCGAUUAUCCCAGUGAAUCUCAUUCAGAAAUUGAAGAAAUCGAUACCAGAUCACUGCCUUUCAGUUCAGCAGGCAGUUUUGAGAAUCGUGCAUUUGUUCAAGAGACUUCUAGUAUCUAUAGCGAUCAUUAUGGUCAUACCCAAGAAAUGCAAGCGGCAAACGCUGUAAGCUCAUCCGUGCCCCGUUUGCCAAUUGCUGUGAAAGAGUCCCCUUCACCGAAAUUUGAUGUUCAAGUUCGUGUAAAAAAAUCACCUCCUCCCCCGCCAUCGCCACAAACAUCAGACACAGAGAGCGUAGCCACUCUCAGGCCUGAACGUAACAAUCUCUCUACAAUAAUGGAGUCUCACGAAGAUCGAGAAAGUAUAAUAACAAUGGAAUCACUGCCAGGUCAAGAAGAAGCCUUGCAAACUCAAUUUACCUAUACUCCAGACUUGCAUCCAGUUCCUCAACAUUCUGAGAUUACAAUACCUGCCCAACCACCGCAACCUGUGUUCUCUGUUUAUACGCGUACGCAUCAUGAAGUUGUUGACGGACGUCCUGAAACGUGGUCUGAUUAUACUGAUGGGCCAGCUCGUAGCGAAGUCACCGACAUGACCUCCGAAGCACCUGAUAUACGUUCGGUAGCAGAAAUGGUGGAUACUUCACACUUUAUGGAAACUGAAUAUUUGCCGCCCGAGCCACCAAUUGUCGUCAAGAAGCCGCAAAUUACUUCGCACACGGUAAAUGAUGUUUAUUUGCGCACCAUAACUGAAAAGAAGACCAUUGAAGAUAUUGAGAGUCACAAACGUAAAAUUACGGAAUACAAGCCAAAGGCUAAGCCACUGCCUCCACCUGUACCAGAUCCAACUUGGGAUGUUAAAAUACGAAAUUAUCCAUCUGAACGUGAACAGCAGAUGUGGGAGAACUUCUCCGAUAUAUCUAGUGCAUCGGGAAUGACCAUGACUCCGAAGAUGGAAAGAUCCGAAUUAACAUUACCUCCUGUAAAGCCUACGGAACCACUACCACAAAUUUAUGACAACAAGCAAAAAUUGACCAGCCCCGAGCUCGUUGUUAAUAUGAAACCCAUUGAAAUGCCGCCCGAAGACAAAACGGUACCCAAUUGGGAUGUAUUGAUACGAGUUUUAGAAGAGCCAGAAAUGUCUGAGGCUGAUGAUACCAGCUCUGUGCAUUCAAGCGUACAUCCCUUGACGCGAUUUAUAAGUUACGAUGACAAAGCUAAAUGGAAGGAAAUUAUUACCACGGCAUCUUCAUUGCGCACGAUGUUAACUGAAGCUGUGGUACGAGAAGAUUUCGAACGUAUACGCUCGGAUACUAGAUAUGAAAGGAUUUUUGAACCUCAAACUUGGGAUGUAAUUAUACGAAUACUGGCACCUCCUUCCGAUGAUGAAGGUGACGUAGAUUUACGGGCUCCGAAGCGAGGUAAGAAAACUCAACCAUGGGAUACACGUUCACGACGCAGCUCUUUACCCACACUCUACGAAUACGAUAGCGAUGGUGGCUCGAGCGUGCGCACCAUACGUAACGAUCCCUCAAUACUGAUGCAUCCAACGGCUUUCAAUGCACAACGUUCACGUAGAUCGUCGCGUACAUCGUAUCACACCGAUCAAAACGAUUUCCGUUCAGUCUCCGAGGUAACAGUAGAUUUCGGACGUCUCGACAAUAUGUCAAAUGCAAGCUCUUUUUAUCCUAUGCAAUAUGAUGACGAUGAUUUAUCCGAGAGGCCUUCUUUUCAUCGAUCCGUUAGUCAUCCAUCUUUGGCUCGCUCCAACAGCGAGUUUACUGAACAUUGGGUUGCACCCGAAGAGCUUUCUUCACCCGAAGGAACUCCCAAAUCAAGAAGAUCACAAAGAUUGAUUGCCUACCAACGAUUGCCAGCACCACCACCGCCGCCGCGAGCUGGUCGCAUCGUUGCGCAAACACAAAGCGAAUACGUAGAAACCAGACGCACAAUUUUCCGCUCGGGCAACGACAGGCAAGCUACAGAAUGGUAAAAAUUGGGAAUUCUCGUCAAGGAAAACGCAUGAGCGGCAGGAACCGCGUCUAAGUGAAACUAAAGAGGAAACUAAACAAAUACCCAAUUACAACUAAUUCCCUAAAAGAGCUUUACAACACUUUAAGUUUCCGAAACAGUUAAGCAUUUUUCUUUAAAAAAAAAAAAAAUUUUGUUUUUCUUUCCCUUCUUCUAUAUAUUUCUUAACAAAAAAA